UCCCUCCUCCCUUCCCUCUUUCUCCUCUGGAGUCCUCCUCGUUUGGCGCGAAUCGCAGCCAAGGUUAUCGCCACCGAGCCCAGCCCAGCCAGAAGGGAGGGAAGGAGGGAGAGAGAGAGAGAGAGUUUUUCGCAGUGGCGGCGGCGGCGGCGGCACCUUUGACGUGCCGCUUCCCCACGUGACGGGCGGCCUCGCUCCUCCGUUGAAGGCGGAGGAGGACGGAGGACGAGCAGCAGCAGCAGGGGGAGGAGGAGGAGGCGCUGCCGCUGCUGCUGCCGCGGUUGCCGCGGUUGCCUCCGCUUCUGCAAGGCUUCCGAGGAGUCGCUCAUCCGAGAGAGGCGGGGGGAGAGCAGCCGCCUUGUUAUUGUGAUGCGCGGGCCUUGCUUCUUGCCGCCCGCCGCCGGCUGAAAGCGAGAGAAGGCAGCCAGGGAAGGAGGCACCUUGCUCUGCUCAAGAUUGUCCAUCAGCUGAAGCCCCUGAGACAUGGCACAAGGAAAUAACUAUGGACAGAGCAGCAACGGGGUAGCUGACGAAUCCCCAAAUAUGUUGGUGUAUAGAAAGAUGGAAGAUGUCAUUGCCCGUAUGCAAGAUGAGAAAAAUGGGAUUCCAAUUCGAACAGUUAAAAGCUUUCUUUCCAAGAUUCCCAGUGUCUUCUCCGGUUCAGACAUUGUUCAGUGGCUAAUAAAGAAUUUGUCUAUAGAAGACCCAGUGGAGGCCCUUCAUUUGGGAACAUUAAUGGCUGCUCAUGGUUAUUUCUUUCCUAUCUCAGACCAUGUUUUAACAUUGAAGGAUGAUGGUACAUUUUAUCGGUUCCAAACCCCCUAUUUUUGGCCAUCCAAUUGUUGGGAGCCGGAAAACACAGAUUAUGCGGUUUACCUCUGCAAGCGAACAAUGCAAAACAAAGCACGGCUUGAGCUAGCAGACUAUGAAGCAGAGAGCUUGGCCAGGUUACAGCGAGCAUUUGCACGGAAAUGGGAGUUUAUUUUUAUGCAAGCAGAAGCACAAGCAAAAGUGGACAAAAAAAGGGACAAGAUAGAGCGGAAAAUCCUCGAUAGCCAGGAGAGAGCAUUUUGGGAUGUGCAUCGACCAGUGCCUGGAUGUGUAAAUACUACUGAAGUGGAUAUUAAAAAGUCAUCUAGAAUGAGAAAUCCUCACAAAACAAGAAAGUCUGUCUAUGGAUUACAGAAUGACAUCCGAAGUCAUAGUCCUACACAUACACCAGCGCCAGAAAGUAAACCACCCACAGAAGAGGAAUUGCAUGAAGAGAUAAAGUAUUGGCAAGUACAGCUAGAUAGACAUCGAUUAAAAAUGUCCAAGGUUGCAGAGAGCCUAUUAACCUAUACUGAACAGUACGUGGAAUACGAUCCCUUUCUGGUGCCACCAGAUCCAUCCAACCCUUGGUUGUCAGAUGAUGCUACCUUCUGGGAAGCUGAAGUCAGUAAAGAACCACACCAGCAAAGAGUAAAGCGAUGGGGAUUCAGCAUGGAUGAAGCCCUGAAAGAUCCAGUGGGAAGAGAACAAUUCCUCAAAUUUUUGGAGUCUGAAUUCAGUUCAGAAAAUUUAAGGUUCUGGUUAGCAGUAGAAGAUUUGAAGAAGAGGCCUAUGAAAGAAGUUCCUGCCAGAGUACAAGAGAUCUGGCAAGAAUUUCUUGCUCCUGGAGCACCGAGUGCCAUUAAUCUAGAUUCAAAAAGUUACGACAAAACUACAAACAAUGUGAAGGAGCCAGGACGACAUACAUUUGGUGAUGCUCAGGAGCACAUCUACAAAUUGAUGAAAAGUGACUCCUAUCCACGUUUUCUACGAUCCAGUGCCUACCAGGAACUACUACAGGCCAAAAAGAAGUUGGGAAACACAUUGGAUCGCCGAACGUCUUUUGAGAAAUUCACACGCAGUGUGGGGAAAUCGCUCACAUCAAAGAGAUUAACCAGUCUAGUGCAGUCCUACUAAAAGGAUCGCCUUGUAGCAUGGAAGCAGACUCAAUCAUGACACAUACUUUGUAGCUCACUAAUUGCCUGAAAUCAGAGGACAAUAGAACAAGAUGUUGCAUGAGCAAGGACCUGACUUGUUUUCUUUUGUGUAUAUCAAGGCAUUACAGACUCCAAGGGACUCGCUAACCUUUCGAUGCCUCCAUUUUGAAAACUCUCUGCUCAUUUUCGCCUUCAUAUCAAGCUGGAUCUGU